GAGCGGCGAAUGGCGAAUGGCGACAUCCCUCGGCGUCGAACGUCGGGCGUCGGAGCACUCGCCUCCGCUACUGACACUACUGACGGGAGCUAGAGCAUUCUUCGGGACACUGCGAGGUAAUAUUAGCAAGCGUAAAUUGCACUCGGUACGGGCGUUCUUUCUCUCGUUCCGAAGCUCUACGUUUAUGGUAUUGCAUGAUGCACUGACAUUGCAUCACCGGUUUCCACACUGCGUUGCGAUAAAUUGUUGAUUGUCUCAAGAUCGUCUCAACAUCUACUUUCACUUAAAAAGUCCAGUUCAGAAAUUCUUGGAAUCUUCUUUUUUUGUCGCAAUGACCCGACCUAUACCGAUCACGAAGAACUCGAGAUAACAGAGGCCGGAUCUGAGUGAUAAUUUCAGGCAGCUUGGUAAAAUAAAAUGAAGUGGAACGUCCCGAAACUGAUCAGUGCUUGAACUGAUCCUCUGCCGGUACGCGUCGAGGAUAUGACCAAGAUUGAUAUUAUGGAUUAACGGAGCAGCAGAAUGUGGCCUAGAUUAAGACGAUCACGACGUCUUUCGACGAUCGUUUUCUUGAUCGUUGUAUUCAUAGGCACGUUUCUGAUUUGGUCUAGGAGCAGGGAGAAAAGCAUCAAUCUGCAAAAUAACUUGGGAUCACAUGGAAACCAGAAAGAUUACAUUGAUCAUCGAGGAAUUCAUGUAGUAGUUGGUCAUUACAUAGGAGACUCAGUAGAUUCCUUGAAAAUGCCAAACAUCACGAAAGAUGUUAUUAAUCAAAAUUUAUUCAACCCCCUGCCGUUUGAAGGCAAAAAUGGAGAACCUGUAGUAAUACAUCCAAAAGAUUUUUACAAGAUGCAGCAAUUAUACCAAAUUAACCGAUUUAAUUUAAUGGCUAGCGAUAAAAUACCACUAAAUCGAUCUCUACCCGAUGUUAGGAAGAAAAAGUGUAUUUCACGGUACGCAAACUUAGGUAAUUUGCCAAAAACAUCAAUCAUUAUAGUAUUUCACAAUGAAGCUUGGAGUACGCUAUUACGGACAGUACAUAGCGUCAUCAAUAGAUCUCCGAGAGAACUGUUAGAAGAGAUUAUUCUUGUUGAUGAUAAUAGUGAAAGAGAAUUCCUGAAAAAUCCUUUGGAUGAUUACGUCAAAAACUUGAACGUCCCCACCAGAGUUUUGCGAUCUAACGAACGGAUAGGAUUGAUAAAAGCGAGAAUUUUGGGUGCGGACGAUGCUAAAGGUGAAGUUCUCACUUUUCUCGAUGCUCACUGCGAAUGUACGGUUGGAUGGUUGGAGCCAUUACUUGAAGUGGUUAGUAAAAAUGCAACAAGAAUAGUCGCUCCAGUAAUUGAUAUAAUAAACGAUAAUACCUUCAGUUAUACAAGAUCGUUUGAGCUUCACUGGGGUGCAUUCAACUGGGACUUACACUUUCGCUGGCUAACUUUGAACGGUCGUCUAUUGAAGGAAAGACGCGAUAACAUUGUUGAACCGUUCCGAACGCCCGCAAUGGCAGGUGGGCUGUUUUCAAUAAACAAAGAUUACUUCUUUAAAUUGGGCAGUUACGAUGAUCAGAUGCGAAUCUGGGGUGGCGAGAAUUUGGAACUGUCGUUCCGAGCUUGGCAAUGCGGAGGCAGUAUCGAGAUUGCCCCAUGUUCCCAUGUCGGGCAUCUCUUUCGGAAGUCUUCUCCUUACACUUUUCCGGGCGGAGUCGGAGAUAUCUUGUAUGGCAAUCUCGCCAGAGUCGCUUUGGUAUGGAUGGAUCAAUGGGCGGAGUUCUAUUUCAAGUUCAAUCCUGAGGCGGCUAGAUUAAGAUAUAAGCAGCAAAUUCGUUCGAGACUAGCUUUACGCGAGAAACUGCAGUGUAAAAGUUUCGAGUGGUACUUGGAGAAUGUGUGGCCGGAGCAUUUCUUUCCUACGGAUGAUCGAUUCUUCGGCAGGAUAGUGCAUGCUGCAACAAAGAAAUGCAUUAUGCGACCGACUGCGAAAGGUUCUUAUGCACAACCUUCAGGAAACGCAGUUCUACACUCAUGCAUACCGCGGCCGAUGCUCAGUCAGAUGUUCGUGAUGACCAAAAACGGAGUGAUAAUGACUGAUGAAAGUGUAUGUUUGGACGCACCGGAACGAGAUAUGCAGCAAAAGACGCCAAAAGUGAAAAUAAUGGCAUGUAGCGGUCGUGAAAGGCAGAAAUGGCAAUAUAAUGAACAAACGAAAGUAUUUUUGCACGUGCCUUCCGAGAUGUGUCUUCAGGCAACAACGGACGAUGACACGCCUACAAUAGCGGCUUGUACUAAGAAUCUCGAUCAACAAUGGAUCUUAGAACCAGUUCCUUGGAAAUGAUAUUCACGAUGUUAUUAGCAACGAAGAAAAGAAAAGGCAAUGCCUUCUGAGUAAUCAGUCUAUCAGUAACUAGUGUAUGUUUUUACUGCUAUACCAACUUCACGGCAAUUCUCAUUGUCAUUUCAAUGGAAAAUUAAUAUUUUUUACUUUUAUACUGACGAAAUUAAAUAGGACGUAUAUCUUUGUUCUAUGACAAGACUUGAAUUAUGUAAUAAAACAUAAUAGAUACUA